AUGGGCAAGCUGAGGGGGGGGGGGGGGGGUGUGUGUCCAAGCCACGAGUCCGUUCCGGGUCGCCGACGCCACGCAAAGGCAGAGAGUGCGGACGAGGGGCUGCCAAAGUUCGCCGUCGAUGUCAAGGCGAUCAUGUCGCGUCACGGACAGGUCGACCAGCAGCCAGACAGGACCGACACGGCCAUGCAGGGCGGUGACGACGAUGGACGGGAGGAGCCCCAGAUGGCCAGGUGCAGGGCGUCGACGUCGCAUGUCGGCCUGCGCACACGAGUGCACGGCACGUACUGUGCCAUGUGGACGGCCACAAUCUCCAUCGGUAGGGUCCGUCGGUACGAUGGGAAGCGACGGAGAAUCAUUCUUGACUGUACCGCGAGGUUGGUCGUCCGUCACAGCACCGUCGACGAGGAACAGGCUCCGGUUCGACCUGGCAUGCAUGGACGGCCGGUUGGCUCGGAGCGUCGUUCGAGAACCGUGGGUACAUUUUCGACCAGGCCGUUUGCUUGA